CGAUCAGCUGGUUCGCUGUUUCGAAGUAGAAGAAUGGCGUGCAGUAAAUAAAUGGGCAUGAAAUUGUUUUUAUCAUUUCUGUGGUAAAAAAUGUUUCCGUCAGGGGAUGAAUUUGAAUUUGUACCACCACCAGAGGCACCAGUUUUUGAACCGGAUGAGGAAGAAUGGAAAGAUCCACUUUCAUUUAUAGCUAAAAUUUACCCAUAUGCAGUUAAAGUUGGAAUAUGUAAAAUUAGACCUCCACCGGACUGGCAACCACCAUUCUCAGUUGAUGUGGAAAAGUUUCGAUUUACACCAAGAAUCCAAAAAUUAAACGAACUUGAGGCAAAGACGAGAGUAAAGUUAAACUUUAUUGAUGCCAUUGCAAAGUUCUGGGAAUUACAGGGAUCAGUUGUCAAGCUGCCAAAUGUGGAGAAGAAACCGCUUGAUUUGCAUGCUUUACACAAGAUUGUUCAAGCUGAAGGUGGAUAUGAAGAUGUUACACGCUUACGGAGGUGGAGUCGUAUUGCAUUACUAAUGGGCUAUAACAAUGCACCAGCCAGUGCUGUUUUAAGGAGGCAUUAUGAAAAGAUACUUUAUCCCUAUGAUGUUUUCAUGUCAGGAGCAAUGACUGGCGACAGUGAGGCAAGUGCUGGUGUGAUAAAACAAGAAAUUGUUGAACCAAAAUUAGAUGUACGUGAAAUAGAUGAAGACAAUGAUGGAGAGGAAGAUAUGGAAGAUAUGGAGUACAAGCCUCCCUCUGGUGGAAAUUACGGUACUCGUAGAUCAAAAUACAAAACUGAUAAUGCUGACUCAGAGAUUGAUUACAAUAAGAAUCCUGAAUUACGUAAACUGCAAUUUUUGGCACCAGGCCCAAAGAUAUCUGGAAAAACUGGACGUGUGAAAAAACAGAGUGGGAAAUACAAUAAGGAUGAUUACAUAUCAUUACCAUCUGACACCAUCAAUAUCCAGGGCCUUACACGACGUAAAGCAGCUCAAGUUAAAAAGACAAAAGAAUCCAACAUAUUUGAUGUUGUUGCUUCUUUUGUGGAUGACUAUAGAUGUAAUAUAUGUGACAACGGUGAUGACGAGCAUUCUAUGCUUUUGUGUGAUUCUUGCGACUCAUCGUACCAUACAUUUUGUUUAAUUCCUCCUUUAACUGCAAUACCUCCUGGUGAUUGGAGAUGUCCCAAAUGUCUGGCCAAGGAAUGCAAGAAGCCAACAGAAGCUUUUGGCUUUGAACAAGCCAAAAAACGAUAUUCAUUGCAAGAAUUUGGACACAUGGCAGAUAAAUUUAAGGAAGAAUAUUUUUCAAUGCCUACUCACGAGGUGCCAUUGGAUGUUGUUGAAAAGGAGUUUUGGCGUCUUGUGUCAUCACUGGAAGAUGAUGUUUUUGUUGAAUAUGGAGCUGACCUGCAUUCAGCGGAUCAUGGUUCAGGGUUUCCAAUGCGUGAAAAUACAGAUGACCCUGAUGAUGAGGAGUACAUUCGUUCACCAUGGAACCUGAAUAAUUUACCUAAUAAUGAUAAAUCAGUUCUAAAAUACAUCACACAGAAUAUCUCGGGAAUGAAGGUUCCAUGGGUGUACAUUGGGAUGUGUUUCUCUAGCUUUUGCUGGCAUACAGAAGAUCAUUGGAGUUAUUCAAUUAAUUACAUGCAUUGGGGUGAACCAAAGACUUGGUAUGGAGUUCCACAAAGUGAAGCAGAAAAGUUGGAAGAAUGUGUUAAGAACAUAGCACCAGAGUUAUUUGAAAAGCAUCCUGAUCUUUUCCACCAUCUGGUAACUACAUGCUCCCCUACGACGCUUAUGAACUAUGGCGUCCCUGUUGUGAGAACAAACCAAUGCGCUGGAGAGUUUGUUGUGACAUUUCCUAGAGCAUAUCAUGCUGGAUUUAACCAAGGUUACAAUUGUGCAGAAGCAGUGAACUUUUGUCCUGCAGAUUGGUUGCCAACUGGACAGAAGUGUGUUGAUCAUUAUGCUAACCUGAAAAGAUCGCUUGUAUUCUCACACCAAGAACUUGUAUGCAAAAUGACGGCUGCCCCAGACACACUUGAUUUGGAUCUAGCGAAAAAACUUUACGAGAACAUGAAAGUGUUGGUAGAUCAAGAAGUUUCAACACGACGGGCUCUGCACGAAAAGGGUAUAAAAGACCGUCAAAGAGAAGCAUUUGAACUAAUACCUGACGAUGCUCGUCAAUGUUAUUUCUGCAAAACUACAAUGUUUUUUUCGGCUGUUGUUUGCUCCUGUAACAAAAAUCAAAUGUGCUGUCUGAAGCAUUAUGAUGAACUAUGUGUGUGCCAAAACUUUAAGAAAUAUAUCAGAUACCGUUACACACUUGAAGAGCUACCUCAAAUGCUUGAAAAUUUAAAAAAACGAGCAGAUUCUUUUGAUAACUGGGAAAAGAAAGUCGAAGAGGCAUUUUCGUGUUCCCCAGAUGCAAGAUUGGAAUUGAUCGAUUUCAAAGAAUUAAUCACAGAAGCAGAAGAAAGUCAGUUUCCUGAUUGUGAGUUGCUUGAUCAACUUCGGUCUUGUGUCGGUGAAGCUGAGCAGUGCGUGCAAGUAGCUAGUCAGCUACUCGCGAAGAAACACAAGACAAGAAAAACUAGUACGUCUACAACCUCCACAGCUCCGAAACUGUCUUUGGACGAGUUAAAAGAAUUUGCCAGCCAAGUUCAGAACCUUCCAUGUGUUAUAAAAGAAGCACGAGCAGUCGACAGUCUUAUGGCGCAAGUGGAAAGCUUUCGCUUCGAUGCCAAGAUACUGUUAAAUUCGAAUGAGUACAACGAGAAAAAAGUUAGCGAGUUGCUUGAACACACUGAAACGAUGGAUGUUGAUUUACCAGAAAUUAACGACUUACAACUGGACUUAAAAGCUGCUAAAUGGCUAAAAAGGAUUGAGGAAAUUCUGAAUCAAGAUGAACCGAUAUCUCUUGACAUUAUUCGAAGUUGUGUAGAUCAAGGGAUUGGGCUGAGGAAGAAACAAGCGUCAGAGAAGCCACUGUCCAGAUUAAAGGAACUUCUUUACGCCGCAGAUCGAUGGGAAGAGAAAGCAAAACUAUGCUUACAAGCUAAACCAAGACACAUGAUAGGUACGUUGGAAGUGAUUGUACAAGAAGCUUCAAAGGUAAAGAUCGUGCUUCCCAAUGUUACUGCUUUGAGCGAAGCUUUAAAGAAAGCAAAAGAAUGGUCGAUAAAAGUUGAUAAAAUACAAAAUGAUGACUAUUAUCCGUAUUACGACAUCCUGGAAGCUCUAGUUAUCAAAGGUCGCCCUAUACCCGUGCGACUUGAACAGCUACCCCAAAUGGAAUCACAGGUUGCAGCAGCUCGUGCGUGGAAGGAUCGUACUGGCAGAACGUUUGUCAAGAAGGGUUCGAAUAAACAGCUAAUUGAGAUUUUGCGUCCUCGAAAAGACAUUGGAAAGUUCGAUCGCAAAUGUAAGAAAAAGAAAGUGGUCGAUAAGAAAGAUGGUGUUGUUGAAAAAGAGAAAGUGGUGACGGAAAAACAAGAUGUGAAGUCGAAAAACAAAAAAGACAAAAAAAUCAAAGAUCGUACCAAUAAGGAAAAUAAAGAAACGAAAGACAACAUUCUCGAAGUCGAACAAAAACCAUCAGAAACGACGGACUCUAUCAAGCCUAUCGGACUUCCUGUGGAUGCAAUCAAUGUUCAAGACUAUAUUGCCCCCAAUCCAGUAACUGUGGCUGAAGGUUUGAAAAAAGACGAAGAAUUCGAACUGCAGUCCAUGCGAGAUUUGCGUAGUAAAAACACGGAGAAAAUCCUGGCCGAAAAUAUUGAAGGACCUUAUUGCUUAUGUCGAAAACCGAUCGACGGGUUUAUGAUUCGUUGUAAUCUCUGUUACGAGUGGUAUCACAGCUCAUGCAUUGUCGUUCCGAAAACUAUUCAUGGAAAACCGAUCGGGAAAGGGUGUUCGGCCUGGGCUGCCGCACGUGAAGUACGUUAUCUGUGCACGCUAUGUUGCCGUUCAAGACGACCAAGACUCGAUACUAUUCUUUCUCUGUUAAUGUCAUUGCAGAAGUUACCAGUACGUGUACCUGAAGGAGAAGCCUUACAAUUUUUGACGGAGCGUUCGAUGAACUGGCAGGAUCGUGCGAAGCAGGCGUUAUCACAUUCGGAGAUUCAGCGAAUACUAACGGAUGUGAAAGCCGAUUUGGAUAGAGUGACAAGUGAAAAACAGACUCCAGGUACGACAAUUACACAAACAGCUUUAAUACAGAAGUUACUCGACGUGCGAAAAGCAGAGAAGCAGAGUAGUCUUGAGCAAGAUAUUAAAGAGGAACUUAAAUCAGAAGAUAUCUUACCCACGGUUGUGGAGUCGAUGAAAAUGGAAAUAGACGAUGUGAAAUGUAAAGGUACCGCUAAAAGUGAAGCCAAUAAAAGCGAUGCCGUUAAAAAUGAUAACGCUAAAAAUGAUAGCACGUUGAAGAAAAGCAAGGAUGUCGAUGCAGACUUGGAAUGUACAGAAAAAAUGGGAGGAAGUCCUGUUGCUGUAAAAGAAGCUAUUUCAAUAGAGGAAGAGGUGGCUGUCAACCCGCAAAUUGUUCAUUUACAGAGCGCAAGCUCAUCAAGAGCUCAAAGUCCUAUAGACGUGUGCACUCCGAUGGAGAGUUUAAAACCAACCAAAGAACAAGACUCAAAAACGAUGGAGCCUUUACCUGACGCGUUGCUCGACCAGUUAGAAAUGCUGAUGUUCGAGGGCGAUAUACUAGAAGUUGGGUUGGAUGAGGUUUUGCAGAUUUGGGCCAUUUUACAAAUACAAAGACCUUUUCUAAAAGAGGGUUGUAUGAUCAUGAAUGCUGAGUACCGUCGAAAAAUAAUCAAGGAUCGAAAGAGACAAAAGAAACGAAAGCACGAAGAAAUAUCGAAGCCGACAUCCUUGCCGACGUCGGCCGUCAAACCAGCAUCUGCAUCUCCUGCAAUUUUGAAUAUUUUAAAAGAAAAACAACUGUCUAAGAAACUAAAAGAAGAAUCCACGACAAUCGUGAAAAAAGAAAAUACGUCGGCGACGCCUGUGAUUGUCGACGAUGACGAUGUAGAUGAAGAUGACUGCUCGGCUCGGCCUUGUCAUAAGCCGCUAGGUGAAGAGGUGGAAUGGGUACAAUGCGACACUUGCGAAAAUUGGUAUCACGUGGUAUGCGUGGGAAUUAGCGCGCAAGAAGCCAGUUGCGCAGACGAAUACGUUUGUCCGUAUUGUAAACCGAAAAAUAAUAUUAAAGAAGAACCCACAGAUGUUAUAGAUGUAUGUACUAAAAGCGAAUCCGAUAUUCCGAACAAUAUAAAAAUGGAUUCUCCGAGUAUACCGAAUUUGGAUGUCAUAGCAGAGGUUGCACAUCAACUAAUCACAGAUGCGGAGAGCAACAAAAUUGAACUUGAUCAAAAAGAAGUGUGUGCUCAAAGUACUCGGCAUUUAGACUUGGACAGCUUGAUAUGUUUAGCUGACGUAAGCCAAAAAAUGGAUGUUGCUUCGGUGCCGACGAAUACUUCUAAUUCUGGAAAAGAAACAAACAUUAAAACUGCUGAUAAUACAGAACAAACUGCUGAUGUCAGCAUGGAGGUAGAACCUAUAAAUACUACCAAUGCAAACAGCUUAAUUUCUGAAAGUGGGUUAGAGACUGGUAAAAAAUUUGUACCAGCACUAUCAAACACAGUAAGUUCGUGAUGAUAGAUUCAAAGAUAUGUGUGUGUACAUUUUGUAAUAUAUAAAUUUUCAGACAAGACAAAACAUAAUAGCGGUACUCAGCCUUGUACAAAGCAAUUUUUUUUAGUUCGUUUCUUGGUUACACGAUGCAAUGUAACGUUCUACUGUGAUUCUCAAUUUUUGUGUUUUUAUUUGGUCUGUGCAGUUUCGUUUUUAUAUUUUUCAUGCAGAGGUAUAUGUUAUGAAAUGUUUAUUUAUUGUCUAUAUGAAAUUGAAAUGUGUUUAUACGUCUAAUCGUUGCUGUACCUUUACACUGAGUUUUUGCGUCAUUUGAGUUUUCUGCGCUUAAUUAGAUUUCCAAUUUUUUUUAAAAUACAACUGCGUUUUUAAAGUCUAUAUCAUGAAGUCAAAAAUGCCAUUUCUGCUUUUACAGUGAGAAAUUAAAAAUAUUGUCUUGUUGCGCUAAUAUUCACUUAGACCUCUAGGAGGUGACUUGAUAUUUUUUUGUAUGUUUUAUCAAAACACCCUCGUGUUAAGAACAUCAUGUAAAAUUUUACGUAAAAGAACAUUAACCCGACUUUAUCGGGAUGAAAUUGUUA